UCUGUAUAAACCUCCCCGCCACUGCAGUUUUUGGAGUCGCGUGAAAGGCUUCAGAAAACUAGCAGUGCAUGCGCGCGCAUUAGGCAGCGACAUUCAUUCCAGGAUAGACAACCUGCCGCGCCGACCAGAAGCAAAUUCGGCUUGACAACUGCUUUGUUUUAAUAAACAGUUAAGCUAAGUGGAGUGGUUUAGAUUAGUUAACUGUCCGAUAUGGGUUCGAAAAGACUGCGAGGCGUUUUAACUGUUUGGCAUAGGUGGAUGCUCGUUUUCACUUUGUUGCACACUUUGACUGUCUCCGAGGGAAAGACAGUGAAGUAUCAAACCUAUGAAGAAGAUGCUCCUGACACUGUGAUCGGAAACCUCGCCAAGGACAUGUCCUUAAACCCCUCACUGGGCACCAAGACUAAUUUUCGGAUGAUGAAACAGUUCAACGCUUCUUUUAUCAGACUGAGAGAAAGCGACGGACAGCUUACCAUUGGGGAACGAAUCGACAGAGAGAAAAUCUGCAAACACACCCCUCAGUGUCUCAUCGCUUUUGACGUUGUCAGUUUUUCCAAAGAACAGUUCAAAUUGAUCCACGUAGAAGUGGAGGUCAAGGACAUCAAUGACAACUCUCCUGAGUUUCCUAACAAGGAAUCUACCCUGGAAAUUUCAGAGAACGCAGCGGUGGGUUCCAGAAUUCCUUUAGAUGUUGCUGUCGACGCAGAUGUGGGUUCAAACUACAUCCAAAGCUACCAAAUUUCAGUAAACAGCCAUUUUACCAUUGAUGUAGUGAUCAGAGCCGAUGGGGUUAAAUCUGCGGAGCUGGUGUUAAUGAAGGAGCUGGACAGGGAGACUCAGUCAUCCUAUGUACUGGAGCUUGUUGCUACCGACGGAGGAAACCCAUCCCGGUCGGGUACCACAAGGAUAAAUGUCAAGGUGAAAGAUUUCAACGACAACAGUCCGGUUUUCGACCAGAACAAUUUCUCAGUAGACCUACUGGAAGACGCACCGGUUGGGUUCCUUUUGUUGGACUUAAACGCGGUCGAUCCAGACGAGGGUUUGAAUGGUGAAGUUGUAUAUGGGUUCGGAAAUCAGGUGUCUGCUGAGAUCAGACAACUUUUUAAAGUGGACCGUAAAUCCGGACGCCUAACGCUCCAGAGUCCAAUCGAUUUUGAGAACAAGAAAACGUACGAAUUAGACGUGCAUGCAUACGAUUUAGGUCCCAACCCAAUCCCCUCAAUCUGUAAAGUAGUUGUUCAUGUCCAAGACGUGAACGAUAAUGCUCCAGAAAUCAGUAUUACGCCCAUGACAUCCAUCACGGCGGGGAUUGCAUACAUCACAGAGGCUGCGGCCAAAGAGAGCUUUGUUGCGCUGAUCAGUACCUCGGACAGAGACUCUGGCGCAAAUGGGCAGGUUCACUGCACCCUGUACGGCCACGACCAUUUCAAACUUCAGCAGGCGUACGAGGACAGCUACAUGAUCGUUACCACGGCACCCCUGGACAGGGAAAAGAUAGCCGAAUACAACUUGACUGUGGUGGCCGAAGAUUUGGGAUCCCCUCCGUUCAGAACAAUUACACAGUACACCAUCAGGCUAAGCGACGAGAACGACAACGCCCCUGUGUUUAGCAAGGCAGUGUAUGAAGUUUCUGUGGUGGAAAACAAUGCGCCAGGCGCGUACAUUGCCACAGUAGUGGCACGGGACCUUGAUUUGGGACACAAUGGCAAAGUCAGUUACAGGCUAUUAGACUCUUACAUCAUGGGUUCCCCAGUAGCUACGUUUGUAUCUCUUGAUCCCGCCACAGGUUCGAUCUACGCCCUGAGAAGUUUCAAUUAUGAAGUCAUGAAACAGCUGGAGCUACGAAUCCAGGCAAGCGACGGGGGGUCGCCGCAGCUACACAGCAGCGCAUCCAUCAAUCUAAAAAUAGUUGAUCAGAAUGACAACGCACCUUCCAUCACGCACCCCGUCCUGAAUAAUGGAUCUGCUGAAAUCCUUCUACCAAAAGAUGCGCCUUCAGGUUAUAUUAUAACCCAGAUAAAGGCAAGAGAUGCUGACGAUGGGGUAAAUGCGGAGCUGUCCUACAAAAUUAUCAAAGGGGAAGAUUCUGUGUUCUCCAUCAACAAAGCCACAGGGGAGAUCAGCCUGAACCGUGAGCUGCACUAUGACGUUAACGAAAGCUUGAAAAUCUCAGUCACCGUCAAUGACAAUGGAAGACCUUCACUGACUUCCACAGCAACUAUCCACUUCACUGUCGUUGCAGGAGCUCCCCCUAGCGGGCACACCGCAGUCAAGCAGAACACGGAGGAAGGGUCGAUUCAGUGGGACAUGUCAAUUGUAAUUAUUGUCGUACUAGCAGGGAGUUGCACCCUCCUCUUGUUGGCCAUCAUACUAAUCGCAACCACUUGCAACCGACGCAAAAAACAAAAGGACACGAUGGAUUUGCCGCACUUGGAGAAUACGAAAAACAACAGCGAAUCGCUGACCUCUAGCCACAGUGGCAACGUGUUCGACUCUCGCGCCUAUUCCAAUAAAUCACCUUUCGCCAAUUCCCACGCGGCUGGAAGCGACCAGUGUUCCGGCUCCGAAGACGGCAGCGAGACAACAUGUGUGUACGAGCCCGAGAACAGGAUUCGCGGGGGAAAAUUUGAGGGCUAUUCGACUUUACCUGGCUACGGCAAAGAAGCUGUCAGACCGAUUACAAUAUGGAAGGGCAAUUCUUACACAACCAUCUCAGCCAGGGACCCUCAGUUCAGCGGGAAGGAUAGCGGCAAAGGGGACAGCGACUUCAAUGACAGCGACUCCGAUAUCAGCGGUGAUGGCAUCAAAAAAGACUGCCCCCCGACCAACGUUCAAAGUGGACUGUGGGCGUGCACCAGUGAGUGCAAGAUCCUCGGUCACUCCGAUCGGUGCUGGAGCCCCUCGGCGAGCAGGUCUAAUGCCAACCCUUCCCACGGACAUCUCUCCUCAUUCGCCAAGACAGCGUCACUGCCACGGGACACGCAGCGUCGAGACAACUACUACCAGGCGCACAUACCCAAGACUGUCGGCUUACAGAGCGUCUACGAGAAAGUUUUACACAGGGAAUACGAUUAUGUACUGGUUUCCCCUCCACGACCUGUAAGGGUGCAAGAAAUUAACGAGAUUACUGUCCCCGUGUAUGCGCCUACCACUACACGGUGCCCCGCGAAUAACGUCUAAAGCUUUAGAAACUCGUCAGAUUAAUUUAUAAUUUACAGUGGGAAAUCAUAAGCCUCG